AUGGUGUGGAGGCCGUGUUUUCUGGACCUGGCGCUGGUGCCCUCCUCUCUCUUGAUCUCUCUAGCCUACCACAUCUGGCUCUGGCGCAAGAUCCGGACGGCGCCGCUAAGCACCAUAAUCGGCAUCAACUCCGCCGGGCGCCGCCGAUGGGUGGCCGCCAUCAUGGAGGUACGUAGCAGAGAAAUCUCCAUAGCCUGCAGCAGAGUUAGAACAGCCCAAUCUCGGCUCCUUGUGCCCCUGCAGAGAGAUCCUCUGCAGACCUUCAUCUCUAUCGUCCUUUCUUCGACUACAAAGCCGGCGACUUUAACUGAAAAAAAAGAAGAAAUAAGGAUACAAUAGGGUGACGGGCCCCGCUCACUCUGUGAAAGCCUCAUGUUUCAGGACAACGACAAGAAGAACAUACUGGCGGUGCAGACGAUACGUAACGCUAUAAUGGGAUCGACCCUGAUGGCGACCACCUCCAUCCUCCUCUGCUGCGGCCUCGGUGCAGUCAUCAGCAGCACCUACAGCGUCAAGAAGUCACUCAGUGAGUCCAUCUACGGCGCCCACGGCGAGUUCAUGGUCGGCCUGAAGUACGCUGCGCUCCUCGCCAUCUUCAUCUUCGCGUUCCUCUGCUACUCCCUCUCCGUCCGCUUUAUAAACCAGGCGAACUUUCUCCUCAACGUCCCCACUGGCCUCUUCGCCGGCGACCCGUCGUCUCUCGUCCUCUCGCCGGGCUACGUCUCCGACCUGCUGGAGAAAGGCUUCGUGCUCAAUACCGUCGGCAACCGGCUGUUCUACGCCGCCCUCCCCCUCCUUCUCUGGAUCUUUGGCCCGUCGCUGGUCUUCCUGACCUCCAUCACUAUGGUUCCCAUCCUCUACAACCUCGACGUAUCCGCUUCCACCGAUUGGAAGGGCGGCCAAAAUGGCGUUGGGGUGGAGGAGAAGACCUUCGUGUGA